UGCUCUGCGGCCUUGUCCAUGUACAAGUCGAGGAACUCAUGUUCAGAGACAGAACUGCCUACCAGCUGCUCCCGCUUGCCUUCUACGACCUAUGGCUACCACUCCCAUAGCGUCUGAGCCUGUGGCGCUCCCUUCGCUUCAACUUUCGACCAAGUACAGCGGUCUCCACGUCGAUGCUGCUCGUACCAAUGCGACCCUGCAGGCCGCCUGUGCAUGGGGAAACACUCCCGAUGGCGGCAUGAACCGCCUUACGUGCAACGACGACGAUAAGAGCGUGCGCGACUGGUUCAUCUCCGAAACGAACAAGUAUGGCUGUCAUCACAAGGUCGACGAAAUGGGCAACAUCUUCGCGAUCCGGCCCGGACAGAACAAUAACCUGCCACCCAUUGGCCUCGGCAGCCAUCUCGAUACGCAACCGACCGGGGGAAAGUAUGAUGGGAUACUAGGUGUUGUCUGUGGAAUGGAGGUAUUGCAGGUCCUGCAUACCAACAACAUCACCACCUACGCUCCUGUGGCCGUCGUGAAUUGGACCAAUGAGGAAGGCGCACGAUUCCCGCCGGCCAUGCUGUGCUCGGGUGUAUGGGGCGGAGAGUUCACCGUCAAGUAUGCGCAAGGACGGCAAGAUCCAGAGGGGAAUACCUUGGGCGGGGAGUUGAAGCGGAUAGGGUACAUGGGACCCACCCCAUGCUCAUUCGAAGCGAACCCUCUUCUCGCCCACUUCGAGGUCCACAUCGAGCAGGGUCCCAUACUGGACGUUGCCCGGAAACCUGUCGGAAUUGUCAAAGGCGUCCAGUCGAUCCGUUGGUAUAAUGUCGGCGUGCAAGGAAGGGAGGCUCACACCGGCACUACGCCCAUGGACCGAAGAAGCGACGCCCUUCUCGGAGCAGCCAAGAUGAUCGUGGAAACUAACCGAAUCGUGACCGAGACGGAGGUUGGUCUACGAGGAGGACGGGCCACGAUUGCGGUCAUCAACUCUCUACCACAGAGCAUUAACACCAUAGCUGGAAAGGUCAAUCUCGGCCUUGACAUCCGCGCACCGGCCGAUAUCGAUGUAGAACUGAUCGAAAAGCAAUGCCGGGAAGGCUUCGAGAAGGUCUGUAAACAGCAUGGCUUGGAGAUGACGUUCGACAACUUCUGGAUCAGUCCAGCUCUCAACUUCGAUCCCAUUAUGGUGAGCUGCGUUAAGCAGUCCGCGGCUGAACUCGGCUGUGACAUGGAAAUCGUUAGCGGCGCUGGCCACGAUUCUGUCUAUACAUCUCGCAAGGUCCCGACGGCCAUGAUCUUCGUCCGAUGCCGAGAUGGUGUCAGUCACCAUCCAGCAGAGUUCUCUCGCGAAGAGGACUGUGCAGCCGGAGCAGAGGCUUUGCUGGGAGCAUACCUGCGAUACGACGAUUACCUUCGGCGUUCCACAGCCAAGAUUUGAGAUAGAGACCGACAUCAUUCUAAAACAAUUCCACCAGUCGCUUCACUCUUGGGACGGCUUCACAACUACGAUGUCCUCCGCCUUUCAUUUUCUGCAUCUCGCCUUCCUGAUCAGUGGUUCACAGACGUGGGCAUUCAAAAGUCCCAGAUGCCGCCUACCAUAACAAUGCAACUUGGUCUCGUCAAAGUGGAAC